UAUUUCGUUUCAGUCAGGAUUGAGAACGCCUUUUGGCAACAGCAAGUGUAGGUUCAGUCUGCCAGGUAAUUAUUCUGAUUCUUCAAGUACAUUUGAACACGAUAAAAACAAACUAGGCACUUGUCGAGGGGUGUUAAACAACUGUAAACCUGCCAAAAUCUAUAAAAAGCGAGGGAACGCGGUCCGAGCGUCCGAACGAGUAAACACAAAAUGGCGACCGGAAGAGGACUGGCGCUCUUGGCGCUCUUUUUGGCGGUACAAACCGGAAGUCCUAUAACCGCUGCUGAUGACUGGUGGAAAGACACUUUAAUUUAUGAAAUAGGGCCCAGGGCCUUCCAGGACAGCGAUGGAGACGGCAAUGGUGAUUUAUCAGGCAUUGUUCAGAGACUCGACUAUCUACAAGACCUGGGGGUUGAAACAAUCUGCCUGAAUCCCAUUUAUCCUUCACCGAUGAUAGCCAGUGGCUACGACAUUUCCAAUUACACGGACAUCCACCCCAUUUUCGGUGACAUGGAGGAUUUCAAUCGCCUCGUGGACGAGAUCCAUCGACGAGAAAUGAAAGUCAUCCUGGAUAUCGUGCCGAAUCACUCGAGCACCGAGCACAAUUGGUUUAAUGAGUCUAUUAACCGGAUUGACCCAUACACGGAUUAUUACAUCUGGGCAGAUGGUACAGUGGAUGCCAAUGGUACAAGACAUCCCCCAAAUGAUUGGACCAGCUUUAAUGGGGAUGAGAAUGGAUCUGCAUGGACCUGGAAUGAUGCUAGAGGCCAGUGGUAUUACCAUAAAUAUCACGAGGCACAGCCGGAUCUUAAUUUGAAAAAUGAAGAUGUUGUUCGAGAGCUUCUGGACAUAAUAAAAUUCUGGCUGGAGCGUGGGGUCGAUGGUUUCGUCUUCUCCGAAGUGAGGGACUUAUUCGUGGAUCCGAUUCUUGGUGACGAGGGCUCGUCGAAUGCAACGACAGGUUCAUUUGAAUCUCUGGAAACAUCCAACUUGCUGUAUGAGAUUCGAGAAUACACGAACAACUGGACCGACCUGAAUAAUUCAACGGGAAAGUUGCUGAUGGUCGAGGCCUCGGCUCCAGACGAGGAUCUUCUCUCGUAUUAUGGUAGUGAGGAACGGCCUGGAGUUGUACCGGUGAAUUUCCGUUUAAUUGAAGGCAUCGGGGAGGGUGCAACAGCCGGAAACAUCAAGUUAUUAAUCGAGGGGUGGCUGGAAAAGUUGCAAGAAAAUUGGACUACCAACUGGGCACUGUCAACAGACAAAUACCCCAGGAUAACGAGUCGAGUAGGUGACAAGAAGCUCCGAGGAUAUCUAAUUCUCUCAAUGCUCCUCCCAGGGCAAGCCUACACAUACUACGGUGACGAGAUAGGAAUGACAGACUCAAAGGGGCAAUGGAAUGACACCCUGACCCCCAGUUCACCCCGGCUAUCACCCAACAGCCUCGAGUACUCCCUUAACGCCCCGACGGCUCCGAUGCAGUGGAAUGAGGCCACUUCCGCUGGUUUCUCCACCAAUGACACUACUUACCUUCCUGUGAAUGAGAAUUACGAUUACCUGAAUGUAGAGAGACAACUCGAGGACCCGGAGAGCACUCUCAACAUGUACAAGAGCCUUGCCAGACUCAGGAAAGAUCCAGUAUUUCGGGACGGCGAUUGGGAGAUCGAGGCACUGAAUGACGAGAAAAUUCUGCUCCUCAAGAGAUCAUUAGAGGGACACCCCACCUACAUAAUUCUCGUGAACACAGGCAGCGAGAGAGAAUCAGUGAACGCUUCGGUGUAUCCAGACCUCCAGGAGGAGUUGAUUAUCGUUCUCUCGACUGAAGACUUCUCUAAUAGCUCGAGAGCCCCCAGGGACAGAAUAAAGCUGCUUCCCAAUGCUGCGAUGGUCUUGAUGAAUUCUGAAGACAACGAAACAAUCGAGGAGCCCUUCGUUGAUGAAUCCACUGUAACGAUUAAUCAAAAUACCACCGACGACGAUGAAACAACAGAGGAAAUCCCUGUGGAUGGAGCUAUGAAUUCAAGUGGUGAACACCCCUGGAGGCAAUGGACAGAGAAUUUCACAGAAGAUCCAAUCGAUGAAGGCGAUGAAAAGGUGGAAAAUGACUCUCUAUCUGAUCCCUUGACCCUAAAAAUACCAGAAAUUGCCCCGGCCGUCAAUAAUUCCGAGGAGAUUGAGGAAAAACCGAGGACAACGUCACAGCCGAUCCAUAAUAUACCAGAAAGGAUCGAAACGACAACUCAAACCCCAAAGUCUCUUAAUAAUGCAGAUGAUAGACAUGAGAACUCUUCUGCAUGCAGUAAUAAAAUUGCCAAAUUUGUGCUGGGAUUUACCUGCUCUGUCGCUCUUAUUUUUAAUUAUGUAUAGGGAAGAGAUAUCGAUUAUACAGGUACAUAAGUAAAAAUACAUUUCUGCUAGAAUAUAGUUUAUACAACAAAUACAUUUGUGUAAUUUUAAAUUUCUCAUAAGUUUCAAUGGAAAAUCACAAUUAUUGGGUGAGAGUUUUCGUUGAUUCUGCGAUUAUCUCGAUAAUGAAGUCCUGGGGGCAGUUAUCAGUGAUUUAUUGUAAAUCAUAAGAUUGUGAGACAAUCGCGCAAUAAAGUAAAUAAGAAGAA